GAUUCUUUUACUGUAAUAAACUAAACCAGUUGACAAUAAAUAGGUCUUGUUUGAUGUAAUUGCUAAUUUAGUUUAAAAAUUUUCGUUCAUCUUUUGUUAUGUAAAUUAUAAUUUUUAUUUGAUUAUUUUUUAACUCGCGGUGCAGUCAACCAUGUUUACCGAGGCGCUUAUUUUCGUCUUGUUCUUCAUCUUCGUGUCGAUGGCAUUCAAGAGAUACCAGAAGGUGCGUCUGUUGGAGCGCAUCCCCGGGCCUCAUGCGCUGCCGCUGUUGGGCAACACCUUGCAAGUGCAGGGCUCCCGCCAGCAACUAUUGCAAACAUUAAUGGAUUUCUCCAAGCAUGGCAACGGCAUCGCGCGAAUUUACUUAGGACUCAAACCCUACGUCCUGCUCAGCAAAUGCAGCUCUGUGGAGGGUCUGUUGACCAGCAGCGUCUGGAUUGAGAAGAGCCGCGCCUAUGACUUCCUACGACCCUGGCUUGGCAUCAGUCUGCUCACCUCUACUGGUCAAAAAUGGAAAUCCAAUCGCCGCCUGCUAACUCCCUCGUUCCAUUUCAAAAUAUUGGAAGAUUUCGUGGAGGUUUUCAACCACCAAGCCUUGCGUCUCGUCGACAAACUCCAGAGCAGAGUGGGUGACGCUCCCUUCAACGUGUGUCCCUCGGUGGAGCUCUGCUCGUUGGACAUCAUCAUGGAGACGGCCAUGGGAGUCGAUAUCAACGCCCAGAACGACGAAGAAUGCGACUAUGUUAAGGCUGUUCAUGGAAUCAGUGACAUUAUCACGAAGCGCCACUACUCCCCGUGGCUGCACAGCGACAUCGGGUUCAAGCUGUCGGGACUUGCGAAGAAACACAGUCAGUAUCUCAGCACGCUUCACGCCAUGUCUCUGGGUGCCAUCAAAACAAGACGAACCGCCUGCAACAAACUCAAGGCCGAAAAAGACUCAAACAAGGAGAUCCAAACGGACGGUGGCAAGAAACGUCUUGCUUUCCUGGACAUGUUGCUGGAAGCGUCCGAACAUCCCGACAGGCCGCUGUCUGAAGAAGACAUAAGGGCGGAGGUCGACACGUUCAUGUUUGCAGGACACGAAUCCGUGGCAACUACGAUCGGGUUCGCCCUCUUCCUCUUCGGCUGUCAUCCACAAAUUCAGACGCGCGUAGUGCAGGAGCUGCAUGAAGUUCUCGGGGAGGGUGACGUGACCAUCACUUCUGCUGCCCUGCGAGGCAUGAAGCUCCUGGAGGCGUGCAUCAAAGAGGCCCUCAGGCUCUUCCCGCCUUUUCCAGUCUUGGGUCGCAGACUCCACCAACCAGCCGUGAUCGAUGGUUACCAGCUGCCAGAAGGAACAAACUUCAUCAUCAUGAUAUACAGCAUCCACCGCGACCCCGAACAAUUCCCCAACCCCGAGGAGUUCAACCCCGACCGUUUCCUGGGGGCUGAGGCAGCUAAGAGGCACCCGUUCUCCUUCAUUCCUUUCAGCGCCGGGCCCCGCAACUGCAUUGGCCAGAAGUUCGGCAUGAUGGAGAUGAAGGUCGUGCUGGCGCACUUGUUGCGUACCUUUGAAGUGACGUGCAGGCAAACCGUCGAACAACUCUGCCUUAGGAAAGAAAUGACGCUACGUCCUGAACACGGGGUGAUGAUCACCCUGCAACGCAGGGGGUGAUGAUCACCCUGCAACGCAGGGGGUGAUGAUCACCCUGCAACGCAGGGGGUGAUGGUCACCCUGCAACGCAGGGCGUGAUGAUCACCCUGCAACGCAGGGGGUGAUGAUCACCCUGCAACGCAGGGGGUGAUAGUCACCCUGCAAUGCAGGGGGUGAUGGUCACCCUGCAACGCAGGGGGUGAUGGUCACCCUGCGACGCAGGGGGUGAUGGUCAUCCUGCAACGCAGGGGAUGAUGGUCACCCUGCAACGCAGGGGGUGAUGAUCACGCUGCAACGUAGGGGGUGAUGGUCACCCUGCAACGCAGGGGGUGAUGAUCACGCUGCAAUGCAGGUGGUGAUGAUUGUUGCUGCACAAUUUUGCAGUUGAAAUAGACAAAUAUUUAAAUUUCGAUCAAAUUAUUACUCUCAUACUCGUAUAUAACUUAAGAUAAGAUAAGAUAAUUUCAGAUACAGUGCAUCACGGCAGUCGUGCUGUUUUAAGAUACCGUACAUCAUGCAGUUGUGUAUUUCAUUUCAACCUUUGUCAACCUUGAUACCUCGACAGGCGAA